AUGAGCACCUCCGUCAUCAUCCCUACUUCUACAUUGGACGAUCGGUCGAUACCCCCUUCUCAGGAGACCACUUCAUACCACCAGCACACCGCCAAUCACCAAGACGACGACACUAUAUCCUCCCAUUCUGACAAUCACAACACCAGCACAGAAACAACGGCAACAACACAUAUACCAACAACUAUUGACAAGGGAGAGGAAGAAGAAGAUGAUGAUUAUAAAAGCAUAGUCUCUGUCAAACAAGAACGACGUGAGUCGCAGGUGACCAUUCAGGAACUGCCAAACACCACAACAGUACGACGAGAUAGUAUAUCCAACAAGAGCAUCUCAACCACUCACAGCAUCCAUAAUGAUGAUACCAGCAGCAGCAGCAGCAGUGAUGAUGAUGAGGAACAAGAAGAAUUCCAAGGUUUUAUACCACAACAAGACAAUACCAGCAGCAAAAGCCGAUCGGAUGACACAAUUCCCUCGACUCCUUCAUCAAAAUCACCAAGUUCAUUUGAUGCAUGUGCCAACCACAGUGAUUAUUCCAAUGCAACAUCAAUUCAAGAUGAAGAAGAGGAGGACAAUUCAAAGUUGGAUCACAAACAAGCGGAGAAACAACAUGAGCGGGAUGAUAAGGAGAUGCCGACGACGACAACGGAGGAUGCAUCAUCAUCAUCUUCAUCCAUUGAAACAAAGGAUUUACCUGCCAUACCUUCCACAACACCAUCCCAUGAUGAGAAACCACAUCCACCUAAACCAGCAGCCAUCGAUACAUCAAAUUCCACCACACCAUCUUCACGAUUAUUUGGUAUUUGGUCAAGUAUCAAGAGUGCAUCAGGACGCUGGCCGUCUCAACAACAACAACCAUCCCAACAAACGGCUAUGAUCAUUGAGCAUCGUGACAAAAAGAGCAAACGACUUUCUCAACAACAUCGCAGUGCUUCAGAGCCUGAUCUUGGUCAUGAAGAUAUAUUGACGCAAAUGGAAAAUCUCAACAUUGCCAAUACGAGUGAUCCCAAAGUACGAAUGCUAGUGGGUCUCAAACGUCAAUCCGUAAGAGAUAGUCUCAAGAGUCAAUACUUGGGUCGAGAUGAUUUUGAUUGGGACUUUUGGGCAGGUCUCUUGUGUGAUUUCGAGCAGACAUUCAAAGCCAAGCAACCACUACUCCAUCACGUGCAACAUGGCAUCCCACCUUCUAUUCGUGGCAUGGUAUGGCAACUACUCGCCAAUUCCAAAGAUGCAGUGAUCCACGACAAGUAUAUCGAGUUACUCAAGGCACCGAGCGCAUACGACAAAAUGAUCCAACGCGAUUUGGCACGUACUUUUCCUGGUCACAAGUUCUUCAAGGAUAGAGAUGGUGUUGGUCAAGAAGGGUUAUACAACGUGGUGCGUGCAUACAGUGUCCUGGAUCAAGAAGUUGGCUAUUGUCAAGGCCUUGCAUUUAUUGUUGGCCCUCUGUUAUUGAACAUGCCUGAUGACGAAGCCUUUUGUGUGCUUAUCCGGUUGAUGAAUGAUUAUGGGUUACGUGGUCACUUCACACCUGACAUGGAAGGAUUGCAUUUGCGCUUGUAUCAAUUCGACAUGCUUGUGGAGGAGCAUUUGCCACACAUCGCACGACAUUUGAAUCAGCAAGGUGUUGGUUCAACCAUGUAUGCAUCACAAUGGUUUAUGACACUCUUUGCAUACAAGUUUCCAUUGAACUUGGUGUUCCGUAUCUAUGAUUUGGUGCUCGUACAAGGCAUUUCAUCCAUCUUUCAAUUCGCCAUUGCUUUACUUAAGCGCAAUCAGACGACUAUCUUGGGCCUUGAUUUUGAGCAUCUUUUGAAUUUCCUCAAGAAUGGUCUCUUUGAAGAGUACAAGGAUGAUGAUCGGCAAUUGGUAGCGGAUGCAUGUACCUUUGAAAUCACUGCUCGGAGGUUACAGCAAUUAGAAAAAGACCACAAGGUGCAAAUGGCAAAAGAAGUAGCUGAUGCACGAACGCUGGACCAGUUACAAAGGAACAACAAUGAUUUACGCAAUCAAAUCAGAGCAUUAGAGCAAGCAUCGAGCAAUUUACAAAAGGAGCAUGGCGACAUUCACGAGCAGCUAAGAAAGACGCGAGCGGAUUUAACACAUGCGCACGAUGAACGUUCUUCAUUGCAAGAUCUGGUGGAUUUAUUGAAGCAGGAAGUGGACACACUACCAAAAAGAAUCGAAGCCCAGUGCAGGACACAAUUUGAGAGCCUCUGUGUAGAAAACGCAAAGUUAGUGGAACGCAAUUCAAUGCUCGAGGACCAAUUGGCAGGGAUUGAAAUGCUGGUCAUUGAUAUGAAGAUGAGAUAUGCCCAGACGAAGAACGAAUGUGGCGAACUACAGCAAAAGCUCAAUGAUAUGAAGAGAGUAAUUGGAUGA